GUCAUCAUCAUCUUCAUCAUGCCAUCAUUGUCAUAAGUGUUGUGUGAAUGUUUUUCUUUCGUAUUACAAGAUCUUGCAAGAAAUUUGCGCAUAUUUAAAUCAAAAUUAUUCAAUCACUCGUCCGAUAACUACCAGACUACUGCAGAAAUAAAUUAUCCACGUGUGAAGAAUGUCGAUUGACCAGAACGCGGUCAACAUUUGGAAAGGCAGGACAGCAAGACUACUGCUUCACUUUGUUCUCACCAGCAGUUGCAAGAGUAAUCGGAUGACGUUGCUUUUAGAAAAUUGCUGAAAGGUUUUUUGUUGCUGCUUCAUUUAUUAGAUAAGAUAUUGCUUGCUUCAAAACCCGACAUGCCGUGUGAAAGUUGCCACAUACAGUUUGGAAUAAUUACGCGCAAAAAGUCAUGUUUCGAAUGUCGCCGAUUGUUUUGCAGAAGCUGCCUUGAAAAACGCCAAGAAAAGAUCCUAUGCCACAACUGUGUAAUCUUUACCAAGCGCCCCCUAACAAAAGUAGACCUCGGGCAGCUGAAGGUAAAAGAUUUGAUAUUCUAUCUUCAGUCGAAGCACAUCUCGACUUCCGGCUGCGUCGAAAAGGAAGAUCUAAUAAAUCUGAUCAUUGCACAUGUCAAUUCCGGAGCAAGUAGUCUUCGAAGUCCGUCGGGUAGUGCCGAUAGUGGAAAUGGUGGAGUAUUUAAUUUUAGCUCGGCGUCAUCGACCGGAGGUAGCAGUGGAGGUGUUAGGGCCGAAGGAGGUAGAAGAAAUCAGUCUGGUGCCUCAAGAUAUGGUAAUUUUUAUCCCGCUGGUACGGAUAAUUGCGCGAGUACAUUUGAUCAACUCAAGAGUACAUGUCAAAAUUUAUUCACGUCCAUUACGGAAAAGCUUAGUACAGAUACGCCAAAAUCAAAUUUUGCGCCGGGUUUUUCCAAUACAACCCCAGAGGGAAAUGCACAACCCGAGGGCCAAUCAGAAGCAAAUGUAUUCCAACAACCACGCUUUGGAAAUAAUGAUGUGUAUCAGGUCAAUUCUCGACAAUCGAGUACCGGUAACGGAAGUUCGACAGGCUUACGAUCAAGCACAUCCGGUCAAGGUGAUGCUUCAAACGAGAGAAAUUCUUUUCCAACCGACGCCGGCAAUAGCAGUGGGGUUACUAGUGGUGCUGAUAGUAGUAGCAACACUUCAUCAGUUUCUUCUCCAGAAAGGCCAGCUUCCAAAGACAUUCGGCUAGAAAACGUUAAUCUAUCACUCAGUGCACGGAUUGAAAGUAUGCUAGCAUCGGACGCUGGUCAAAAUGGGUGUGAAUGUUCGGACGAAGAAGAUGAUGAUGAAACAAGAGGAACACCAAAGCGAAAGGAAUCCAGAAAGGCGACAUCAGGAGAUACUCCGACGUCGGAAGCUGGUCCGAGUCACAUCACAAUAACUGAUCACACAUUGGUUUUAGAACCAAAAGCAGAAACGCCAUCCUCUUCGUUUGGUAAAAUUAACCUAGAUUGUGAGCGAUCCUCAAACGAAGAAAAGAUAAUUAUUGUCUCGACUGACACAGAGAGUUGGCAGAUAAUCAAUAAUCCAGAAUCCCCAACUGUAACGGGCAGUACAGGCAUCGAACACAACUUUGCUGCACAUAAAUCCUUACAAAGAAUAGAAGAAGAAAAUGUUUCUGAUGUUCCUUGCACUAGCCACCAAAUUUCAAGGCGACGCUCUGAUAGCUGUCUGCUUGCGAUGAAUCGUACCGAAGCUAAACCUCGGUGUCAAACAGUUCCUGAGUCGGACAUAGGAGCACAUUCUAGUCAAAAUCAAAGUGCAGUUUUUACUGCUAUCAACACCAAUAAGUGCUUUAAGUGCGGCAAACGACGCAGUGGAAUUCGGAAGCAACUAAAAAAGUUUCGCAAGCAGUUGGAAACGGCAACUGCCUGCUCGGAAACAGCAAAGCGGCAGCAGUUAGAAGCUUUUCUCAGCUAUUUGGAACGGCGAAGUAAAGGUUCAGCUGAGCUAUCCGACAGUGAAUCUAUCACGGAGGAAGCCAGCAUAAGUUUGGCUGAGGUAGACCCACUGGAAGGCGAUCACAGUACCGGUUCCGCCCAAAGAGAGGUGGGUAGGGCAAGUUCCUCUUCAACAGAUGAGAAUCGACUACAUUCCGGCUAUCCGCGGGCGGAUGGUGUCGAAUUGGAAAGCACUCAUGUGUAUUCUGCUGGUAAUCACGAGCUUGCCAACAAGAGCCACAUCAAGUUAAGUGAUAUCAAGGAAAGUGCUGAUCUAGAUAUCCUAUCGGUAAAACAGCUCAAGGAAAUAUUGAUGCUGAAUCGUGUUGAUUUUAAAGGCUGCUGUGAAAAACCUGAGCUUCGGGAACGUGUCCUGCGUCUCUGGCGAGAUUACAAAUCCAUUCCAUCAAUCGAAAAAUUACCCUCAGAUGAUUUGUGCAAAAUCUGUAUGGAUGCACCGAUUGAGUGCGUCAUACUAGAAUGCGGUCAUAUGACUACGUGUACGGCCUGUGGUAAAGUACUCAGUGAAUGUCCUAUUUGUCGGCAGUAUAUUGUGCGAGUGGUUCGAUUUUUCCGCGCGUGAACGUUUUGUUAUUCUUUUAUUCUUUGUCGAAAGAAACGACUUUUUUGCUCACAUCUGUGGAUUAGUCAAAGUUUUAGAUGGUUAAGGAAGAUUGUGAUUUUACAACCUAACAACGUUUUCAAGCGGGGUAAUAUGAUAACAUCAAAUAAUAUAUCGAAAUGCGGUUUUGAUAGUGGUUAGGUGCUGACAAUAGCAGCAAACAUAUUAAGUAGUAACCCAAUGAGCAUAAAAGAGAGGUGGGGAGGAGAGUGCAAGUGUUAGUAAGUUUCCUCCUCACCUUUCGUUUAUGCUCAUUGGUAGUGACCGAGUGCAACUCUAAAAAGUUGCGUGUACAAUAUUGUAGAUAGCGGGAUGCAAACGAAACCUUAUAUUAUUGUUAUCCCUUUUAUUGUCGAUUCGGUAUGUCAUUUCCUGGCAAUAAAUUAAAGCAAAGUCUAUGCUAUU